ACACGUUCACACAGACUUAUUCACCCAACGGCAGCUCUCUCUAAAACAUUUCCCUUCACUGAGAGAGUUGUGAAAGGUCACAGAGGUAAGCCAACUAACCUUUUGACCUCUUGGUGUGCAUGGGCUCCAUCUCCAUGGCGAUGGUCUUCUCGGAAGAACAGGUGGCGUGUAUGUGCGAGGUCCUUCUGCAGAGCGGACGCAUGGAGCGCUUGACUGACUUCCUCCACACUCUUCCCCCCUCUACCUCCUCUUGCCCGGGGCGUCUGGAGAGCAUCCUGAAGGCGCGGGCUGCCGUGGCAUUCCAUCUGGGGCGCUUCUCGGACCUCUACGCCCUCCUGGAGAGCUUCCAUUUCUCCAAUCGCAGCCACUCCCUGCUGCAGCAGCUCUGGCUGAGGGCACACUACCUGGAGGCCGAGUGCCAGAGAGGGCGCCCCCUUGGGGCUGUGGGGAAGUACCGCAUACGCCGUAAAUUUCCCCUGCCAAGAACCAUCUGGGAUGGAGAGGAGACCAGCUACUGCUUCAAGGAGAAAUCCCGGAGUGUGCUGUGGGAGUGGUAUUACUGUAAACCCUACCCUUCACCACGUGAGAAACGAGCGCUUGCGGCCGCCACCGGUCUCACCGCCACCCAGGUGAGCAACUGGUUCAAGAACAGACGGCAACGAGACCGAGCAGCACACGGUACUACCGGGGAACAGAAAGGUUGUGGACCACCUCUUGGCUCCAACAGAACCCCAGGAGCAGCAUACCCAAAGGCCUACCCCUUCUCUGACAAUGGCCAUUCACCUCCAGGCAGCCCCAGUCCCCUCUUCUCCUGCUCACAGCCCCCACUUCUGAGCCAUAUGGGUGGGGGACAACUCUGAAUCUCUUCACUACCGGAGCCAUCAUGUAUAGUAGGCUCACUUCAUAGGCACGAUUCACUUGUCCUGCCAGAAAUGUAUGUAAGACCAUUCAAUCUUUUGAGUAGCGUAGUUUCAUGAUACCCUGUACGUUGUGUUAAAUCAAAGUCAAAAACAUUUUUAAAUAGUUUAAUUGAAAACAUGUCAUCAGACCUAAUCAUUGACAAGCACUUAAAGCAUUUGGGAAUAAACAAUAUGGUUUAAAAAAAAAUGUGCUCCCAUAUCAUGCUUCCUGAACACAAACCAGGUUGCAGCUGAGAGAAACCACGGCCAAAUGUUAGUACAGCCAGGACAAGCACACAGCCUCUCCCACUGUAUGUCCCAUAGGGAUGGGUGUGAGAUGAUUCCUAUUCACUGAGCUUAAACGACAUCACCCAGUGUGUGCACACAAGCUGCCUGCCUCCCGCAGAGGCAAUCUGGCCUAUUUAGAUUCGGACUGACUGACUGAUUCAGCUGUGUUCUUAUCCAGCUUAUUUUCGCCCAGCACCUUCUCUGAUUGAAGCCGUUUUUGAAAUCCGCACUCUGGUAAGAUGUGA